GAAGGACAUUGUCGAUGGUAUUGUCUUUUAUCGCCAUGUUGGUCAGCAGAGGAGUAAUGUCUUCAUGGACAGGGUCCGCUUUCGUGUUGUCGAUAAUAAUGUCCCACCAAAUCAGUCGUCAGAUCAGGAAUUCGUUGUCAAGGUUAUGCCAGUAGAUGACCAGCCUCCUUAUCUUGUCCUUACAUCUCAGCUCAAGAUGACUGUUGACGAAUUUAAUAUGUCUCCGUUCAGCCGUGCUGUCCUGCAGUACACAGAUGAUGACACAAUUGACAGGAACCUCAAGUUCACAGUAACCAAAGGACCUUAUGAUUCGGACACAAGCAGCCCUCUUGGAGCAGGAAAGCUUGUCCUUACUGAUGAUCCCAACACAGAAGUCACCAUGUUUACACAAGGUGAAGUCACUCACUUGAAGAUUUCGUAUUUGCCACCAGAUGUUGAGAUGGGAGUCACCCAGAGAGCCAUCCAGUUCAUCUUUGAUGUUGAAGAUACGAAUGGUAAUGUCGCCCCUGAUCAGGUCUUCACAAUCUUCCUCAAGCCAAUCAACGAUAAACCGCCAACAAUCAAGAACACUGGUACCACUGUCCUAGAGAAUGGUUUCAUCUUCCUCACCACAGAUGUUUUAGAUGCUGAUGAUGAGGAUUCCAACAUUGACUCGAUUAUCUUCACCAUUGUUACUCCCCCCACAAAUGGUGUUUUGCAGCUCGGUCCAGAUGAACUUGGUGUUGGUGACACUUUCACCAGGAAAGAUAUUGUGGAUGGACAAGUUGUAUACAAGAAUACUGGAGUUGAGAUGGAUGGUGAUAAGAUCGUUCUUGAUGUGACUGAUGGCAUUCAUCACAUCCCAGUUGAAUUCAAGAUAAGGGUCCACAGUAUUGAUGAUGAGGCACCAACUCUAGUAGACAUGCCCGAAGGAACACUGGGUGCCUACUUGGAAGUUGAUGAAGGGAAAUCUGCUGUGAUCUCUUCCGACAUUCUCAAGGCUGAUGAUCUGGAUACAGACCCAAUGAAGCUGACCUUCAUCGUCGACACACCACCAGGCAAGGGAGUAAUCACUCGUGAUGGAGUCCCAACAAACAGCUUUUCCCAAGAAGAACUUGUAAAUGGACGCAUUGCAUACCAGCAUACUGGCGGAGAGAUUGGCAAGGAGAUACAAAGUGACAUCUUCAAUCUAACCCUGUCUGAUAUGUCAAAUGAGUGGGUGAUCGGAGGCAACAGCGUCCAGGCCAUUGAUAUCUUUGUCACCAUCAAUCCAGUUGAUAAUACCCCACCUGUCGUCACUGUUGGACCUGGAUCAGAUGAACCUGGGAAGCCAGGUGGAUCUGGGCAGCCCGGCAGCGGUGGACAAGGAGGGCAGGGUGUCUUCACUGUUGCGGAAGCCGGAAGAGCACCCCUUGAACAGAAGUUUAUUGAUGUUACUGAUGACGAUACCCCUAUUGAGGAUCUUAUGUGUAUGAUUGUUGUCCAACCAGAACUAGGUUACAUUGAGAACACAUCACCAGCACCAGGCUCUGAAAAAUCAAGAAUGGGAAUGUGGGUUAGCUCCUUUACAAUGGCUGACAUUUUAAAUGGAAACGUCAACUACCACCAGAGUAUCCAUCAAGGUAUUGAACCCAUCGAAGAUCGUUUCACCUUCAGAUGCACAGAUGGAGUCAACCAGUCACCGAAUUUCAUCUUCCCCAUCCGAAUUACACCAACAAAUGAUGAAGCUCCGGAGAUCGCUGCACGUGAGUUCAUCGUCAUGGAGGGAAUGAAUCUGAUGAUUGAUACACCUAUCCUGAAUGCUGACGACAAAGAUGUACCUGCUGAUGACCUCCUUUUUGAGAUCAUUGAGCGACCAAAGCAUGGCGAUAUCAUUCGGCAGACUCCAUCCGGUGGCCAACAAGUUGAGACAUUCACCCUUGAAGACAUUACCUCCUCCUCCAACAUAGUCUAUGAACAUGAUGAUUCGGAGACUACCCGGGACUCCUUCAAGGUCCGUGUCACUGACGGAAAGUUCAGCUCUGAGAAAACCAUCAUGAUCAUUGUUAUCCCCGUUGAUGAUGAGACACCCCGACUGACAAUCAACAAUGGAUUAGAGGUCAAGCGUGACGAAGCCAAGGUCAUCACCAAUAAUGAUCUCAAGGCAACAGAUUUAGACACGAAUGAUGCCACCUUGGAAUUUGUUGUAAGACGGGAACCAAAGUUCGGUGUACUCCAGAUGGUUGUUGGAAGUGUUGUCAGGAACUUAACCCGAGGUCAGAACUUCACCCAGUUUGACAUCGAUACUGGCCGCAUUAGGUACUUGGACAAGGGCAAGGGUGGGUACAGGGAUCUGAUCAAGUUUGACAUCACUGAUGGCACCAACCCUCUUAUUGAUCGCUACUUCUUUGUCACCUUGGAGGGACUUGACCUGAUCUAUCCAGAAGUAUUGAACCAGGGAGUUAACUUGCCUGAAGGAGGAAGCGUCACCCUGACCACUGACAUCAUGAGCACCUCCGAUUUGAACACUCCUGAUGAGAAUCUCCGCUUCACUCUGACCAAACCUCCAUCCCGAGGACACCUUGAGAGCACUGACAACCCUGGCAUCCCCAUCACCACCUUCACUCAAUUGGAACUUGCCGGUAACAAGAUCAAGUAUGUCCACACCAGUAAUGAUGAAGUCAAGAUGGACAACUUUGAAUUCGAAGUUUCCGAUGGUUUCAACUCGGUCUUCCAGACAUUUAGAAUCUCUUUGAGCGGUGUCGACAACAAGAAGCCUGUCCUGAUGUUUGCGCCCUUGAAAGUCAAAGAAGGUGGCUCCAGGCUCAUCACACCUUUUGAGCUAAAAGCUGUCGAUCAAGAUACCCCCGAUGAAAGUAUCAUCUUCCAGGUUACCAAGUUGCCGACCAAAGGCCAGCUGCAGUUGGAAGGUUCAAACGGUCCAGUUACUAGCUUCACCAUGAUGGACCUGCAUGAGAACCGCCUCUCCUACGUCCACGAUGGCUCAGAAUCCACUGCCGAUUCUUUCUCAUUCCUUCUGACCGAUGGAACCCACAACGACUUCUUUGUCUACCCGAAUACUCAGUCCACCACAAGCGCAGCACAGACCGUGAAGAUCCAGAUCAUCGCCGUCGACAAUGGUAUGCCAACGAUCGAAUCAAACAAGGGAGCUGAGAAUCUUGCCGUAGAUGACGAUGGGCUGUAUGGUGUUGUCAUUGGCUCCGAUUUCCUGAAAGUGACAGACAAGGACACCCCAAGCAAGGACCUGAAAUACAAGGUGACCAAGCCGCCAAAGAAUGGUUACAUCGUGGUAUUGGGUGAACAGAAUGGCAGCCAGCUCAACUGGACUCAAGAACACAUCGACAAGGGCCUCAUCAAGUACUUCUUGAAGAAAGAUAUCAAUGCAACUGAUGAUUCCUUCACCUUCGAUGUCACAGAUAAGGGUGGCAAUGUGUUGAGCAGCCAGACCUUCUCCCUCAGCUGGGCCAUGAUUUAUUUCGACAAGGACUCGUACACCUUCGACGAGAGUGAUAGUAUCAUUGAGGUUGUCCUCAGGAGACGAGGAUCGCUCAGAGAGACCGCCUUCAUCUCCAUUGCCCCCACCGAUGCAAGCACAGCUACAGAAGGAGAAGACUUUGGUGGCAGACUCGCAAAGCAAGUCCAAUUCAACCCUGGUGAGAAUGCCAAGACUUGGUCCAUGCGACUCCUUGAUGACGACAAGUAUGAAGACUUGGAGACCAUCGUUCUGGAGCUGUCUGAGCCUGUCGAAGCCCUCCUGGGCAUGCCCAGUAAAACCACCCUCACCAUCAAGGAUGCUGCUAAGGAUCAAUCGCGUGUCUUCAUCCCGGAGACUGGCUACAAGGUUGACGAGGAUGCCGGUACAAUUAAGAUCCCGAUCAAAAGGACAGGCGACCUCUCCGAUGAGUUCAUGGUCAUCUGCUUCACGGAAUCAGACACUGCUAAAGGCACUGUCCCCAGGACAGUCACGUCCUACUCCGACUAUAUCACCCGCCCCGAGGACCACACAAGUGCUGUCAGGUUCGACAGAUAUGAAGCUCAAAAAUAUUGCACCAUUAAAAUCAUCGACGAUUCGCUGUACGAACCUGAGGAGAAGUUCAAGGUCAAACUGUCGACCCCGAUGGGUGGUAUCCUCGGCGGGGUGAAUGAGACGACUAUCACUAUCAACGCUGACUCCAGAGAUGAGCCUGUAUUUGAAUUUGAGGGAGCUGAAUACCUCGUCGAUGAGAGUGCCAAGUACCUCGAAGUCACCAUCUUGAGGACGGGAACUGACCUGAGCAAGUCAGGCAGCGUGGUUGUCAGGACUAGGAAAUCAAGCCCGAUCUCUGCCCAACCCGGCAUUGACUAUAUCCCCAUCUACACCCCUCUCGUCUACGGACCCAAUGAGGUGUCCCAGAAGGCCCGUGUCACAAUCGUUGAUGAUUUGGUUUUCCCAUCCAUCGAAGGAGACGAGACGUUCGAAUUAGUUCUGAGAAUGCCAGAAGAUGGCGGUCUUGGCGAUCCAAGUGAGGUGACGGUUACAAUCAGUGACAAGACGUCCGAUGUCCCAAGAUUCGAGUUCAGAGACCUUAAACUCAAGGUCACAGAGGGUGCAAAUGCGACCAUUUCUGCCACAAUCGUCCGACAAGGAGACAUUAACCACGAAGCUAGCGUCCGUUGCUUUACCCGACAGGGCAGUGCUACCGUUAUGAUAGACUACGAUGAAAGGCCAGAUACUGAUGCUUCCAAGGUCACUUUCGCAAAGGGUGAAAAGUACAAGCCAUGUGUUGUCAACCUAUUGAACGACACCCUGUACGAGGGACUAGAGACACUCCGCCUGGUCCUCGGAUCGGCCGAAUCUGCGUCAGCUGGCGGUGCAGCCGUUGGUGUGCGUAAUGUCACCUCAGUUGAGAUCACAGACAACGAAGACAAGCCGUACAUUGGAUUUGUGAAGAAGAGGUACAUGGUGAAGGAACCGAGGAAGGAGGGUUCACUCAUCCUGAAGGUGCCAGUCGUGAGGCGUGGUGAUGUCUCCAAGGAAUCCAUCGUGAGGGUCUACUCCAGGGACGGAUCAGCAAAGUCCGGCACUGACUACAUUGGUUUCUCUGAUGAUUUGGUCUUCGGCGCCAACGUAUCUGAGAUUGUCCUCGACGUCGAAAUCUCUUACGACGGCAAACGAGAAAUGAACGAGGCUUUCUCCAUCCAGCUGCAGAGGGACCGAAACAACGUAGCUAGUCUCGGGUUGGUUCGCACGACCGUCUACAUCGAGGAGAUGAGUCUAAUGGCCGAUGUCACCUUCCCCACCCGUCCCAUGGUCCUCUCGCUCCGAGACUAUGACAACAUCGAGAACAGGGAUGACGAGCCUGUACCUGGCUAUCCACUUGUUUGUCUGACUCCAUGCAAUCCAAGACACCCCGACUUCAGCAAGACUGGCUCCCUCUGUGACCGACAGAACAUCAACGACACCAUGACAGAGUUCCGUUGGAGGGUCGCUGCCCCAGACAACUUCGGCAUCAGCAGCCGAAUGAAGGAUGUCACCCACAGGACAUUCAUGACCAGGACUGACUCUAUCACACUUGAUAGUAUCUACUUUGCUCCAGGAAGUCGUGUCUCCUGCGGGGCCCGUGCUGUCAGCAAUGAAGGCAACCCUGGCCUGGAGCUGCUAAGUGCCCCAGUCACCAUCGCUCAAGAUAACGGAAUCUGCAUGCCGCGAAUCAUGGGAUCGUUUGGUGCCGAGCCUUUCUCUGCAAAGAUCAAGUACACUGGUGCCGAAGAUGGAGCCGAAAAUGCCAACAAGAUCAAGCUCACCGUGACCGUCCCACAUCGCGAUGGCAUGCUCCCGGCCAUCUCGACCAAUGUCCUCUCCAACUUUGACCUGACCUUGAGCCCCAAUACCUUCCGUCUUGGCCUCCAUCGUUGCUCCAACUUGCUCGACUUCAACGAGGUGAAGACGGAGAGCGGUUUCAUCACGAACGGUACUGCUUCCAAUGGCGUCGAGGUCGAACCUUACCAGUACGAUAAUGAACUCCGGGGAGACAAGACUCUCCGAUUCUACAAGAAUCUGAAUUUGGAGACUUGUAUGUGGACAUUCACUGCCUACUUCACUAUGUCCGAGCUCAUUGUCGACUGCGGUGGUUCAAUCGGUACCGAUGGCCAGGUCAAGAACGACGUCCAAUCAUACGUGAUGAUUCGCGUGCCGCUGUUUGUCUCAUACGUAUUCCACUCACCGGCAGCGCCAGGUGGCUGGCUCCAUUUCGAUCUCGAAUCAGAACUCCGACUCUCGUUUGUUUACGAUACCGCCAUCUUGUGGCAGGACGGAAUCAACUCAGUGCCAGGUAGUGCCGAUGAUGGCGUCAAUGGUGGCGCAUCUGGUCUCAAGGGUCAAAUGUACCCAACAAGCAUGAGGAUCGGCAAGGACGGACGACUUAUUGUAAACUUCAGGACCAACGCGCUAUUCAGAGGUCAGUUUGUCUUGAACCAUGAGGGCACCAGUCUGCAGUCCAUCAUUUCUUCCCCCGAUAACCCAGACCUGACCUUUACCCUGCAACUCAUCCGUGGCGACCCCACGUACAACCAACCGGAACAGUUCUGGGAAUUCGUCUCGGACUAUGCCGUACGUGACUACUCUGGCAUGUACAAGAUCCAGCUCUUGCCUUGCACAACCGCCGAGGCCGUCGCCUACGCACUGCCGCUGAAAUGCACACCAAGGAUGCCGAUCCUCUUCGACUUGGAGAUCCGCUUCCAGCAGGUCAGCGAUCCCGUACCUACCGAGUACAGCCUCAACACGCAGUUCCAUUUGAUCAAGUCAGAGGAUCUGUGGCUCUCAGAUGGCCAGAAUGGUUUUGAACAGGAUCAGGAUUCUUCUUUCUCACUGGCCGACAUUAUCCGAGCCCGAAUCAUGGUCGACCCGGUCCAGUCCCUUGGCAGCUCUUUUAAACUCGACAUUGAGAAGGUGUUCCUCUGCACUGGCAAGGACGGUUAUAUCCCCAAGUACAACCCUGAAAAUAGUGAAUACGGUUGCAUCGCUAACUCAGACAAACUCGCUCACGCCUUUAGACUUUUGGAUCGUAACGCCCCCAAUACAGAGGAGAAGGAGUUCCGUAGUAUUCCGUUCAACGCUCGCCUUGCCUCCGACGACCCGACUGGUGUCACUCUGAAGGCCCAACCCGGAAAUGAUGGAUUCAGCAUGGAUGCUCGUCCCCUCUUCGAGGUUGAUGCCGGACGACAGUGGUUCAUCCACUCGAUCUACAGCGUCCGCUCCCAAAAGACUAAGAGGAGUAUUCGUCAUCACAUCCUCUCAAGCUCCGCUAAGUUUAGCCGAACGAAGCGAGCUUUGGAGGAGACAAAGAACAUUGGAAAACCAGGCACAGGAACCAACAUGGCCCUCGUUGCUCUUAAUUACACCGUCCCUAAGAGCUCUUUCAGCGUUUUCACCGGUGUGUCAAGCGAAGGAGGAAACAGUAUCCUGCCUAUCAUUCUCGGAAUUGUCGCGUGUGUGAUUAUCGCCGGCGUCAUUGUCGGUGUGGUUAUCUUCAUCCGUCGUCGUAAGCGCCAGCCACCGGUGCCGAAGGAGUCCAAUAUGGUUACCUUGGUAACGAUAAACAAUGCCAAGGCCGCACAGCCAGGGCCUAAUGACAGGCUCUUGGAAAAUGACUUAUGAGGAUAUUUGUUGGACUGAGCGUAAAACAUUAUUGGAUUUCAUCUUGUGAGUUGAAGUCGCUGAUAUGUGUUGAUACAUUCCUUAAUGUAAUAGGUGCAGUGGCUGCAAUAUUGCACAAACCAUGACUAAGAAUCGGUGACAUAUUAUAGGCAUAUAUAAACAGGAAACCGGGGUCUGGGAGUGAAUUCACCUCUUUUCUUACAACCUUUUUUGUGUUCGAUGAGAAAAAGGUCUCCAUUGUCGCAGAAGGACAGUCAGUAUUUCGUAAAUUUUUUUGCAUUUUCAUUUUUUUAGUCAUAAUAGGGGUUGUUCACUUCCCAUUCCUAUGAGCAGUGCCUGUGUGAUAUCAGAUAUUGUUAGUUCCUGUAAGAAACUUUUAAAAAAUCCACAAUUUGCCAGAGAGGCGCAUAAUACAAAAAACUUUGUUUACCCAGAAGUUUUUUGAAUUUCAAUUAACAUGAUUGAUACCAAAAAGUGUAGAUGCAUGUGUAACUUAAGUUAUUGCUUGUAGAUUUCAUUCAUAGAUCUGUGGGUCAGAAGACAAAGCAUAUUUUUUCCUGUUAUGUGGCAUUAUUUGUGGUGAAAGUUUUUUGAGAGGGACUAAACUGGUAUGUGAUGUCAGUUCAAGAAAAAGUGGGCCGUGUUACUUUGACAGUUUUGUGAAUGUUGAGAAAACUGGACAGGUGUUCCAUGAUCUUGACGGCCCUUAAAGUAGAUCUGUCAUUGGCUAUUAAUACCAAUUAUGGUAAUAAGUUUGGUAUUCUAGUCAGGUUUAUAAAUAUUCCUGCAUAUGUUAUGAUAAUCACGGUCACAAGUACAAAGUAUUAUCAAAGAUGUAAGAUAAUUUGUCAUUGGUCGAAAAGGACGUUUAAUCUAUAUUGGGGAUCAGUAUUAUACGAGUUAACUCACCAGUUAUAAAAAUACUUGCAAUGCUACUUAUAAUGUGUACAUAAAUUUAAAUGGUUAGGAUUUCAAGGAAGUAGUGGUUACUAUGGAAACAAGAUCAAAGUCAAGGUUACUCAGGUUGGGACUUGGUCGCUAUGGCAACUCUUCCCUUAGCAACCAAGGUUUGUUUACUUCAAAAAUGUACGUUGUUGUUUUCUUAAUCAGACUUUUGUGUAUUAUAUGUAUCACCAACAUAUUGCAUAUCCUGUGUCUGUUAGCAGCUGUUUUAACUUCCACAUGUUACCAUGGUAACGGUGAUGUAUCACAAAUUGCACAUUUCCACGACUCAAAUCUUGGUUGCUUUGGUUAAGAAAGUCCAUCCAUUUCAUUUUGUCACUGUCCAGAUAUAUAAAGCGCACAUACAGGUAAUACAUAUUUAGAUAUAUUUUGGCUCUUCCAACAAUUUGUCCUUGCCCUCUGCAACUACGUGUGCAUGGUGCUUUUUCAAUGACAGUCAGUCUUGUGGCAUGUAGUGCAGGCACAGAAGACAAAUUCUUGGUAGAUGUUUAGUUUAAGACCUUGAGUCAUCGAGAUUCCGGCCUAACUAUAUAACUCUAUAAAGCUUAAGUAACAGGACUGGCUUUUUAGGCAAAUUACUUAUAGCUUGCGGAGACACAUAACAGAAUCCUAAAGGGCUACACUCUCUGUGUACAUUGUUUUUACUGGUGGCAAAGGAAACUAGGAAUAAACACUGCCACUGUACAAUAACCAGGAGUGUCAUCAUGAUAAAAAUUGACCUGUGAAGUAUACCUAUAACGGUGUACCCAACAGUAAUGUUGAAAUUAGUAUUCAGUGUGUAUUUGCAUAAUUGAAAAAUCUCAAAUUCAAUUUCAAAUUUCAAAUUUUGAAUGGACAGCUUAUGCCUUUAUUUGAGGAGUUGUGUUUGGCUGGACUUUCUUUUGACUCAAGGGCUUUGCAGGUUUAAUAAUAUGUAGUAAGGUACACAUAUUUUACAUUGUAUAAUAAAUUGAUGAUAAUUUGCCAUUUUAACGACUGUAUCUUCUUCACAAUGAUAUUUUACACAACUUUACCACAGUACGUACGAGAUCACUGUACAUGUUAUGAUGUAAAUUUUUGUUUAUUCAUUCAGGUACAUCUACCUUGUACAUGUAUAGUAGAACCUCCCUUAGCGGACACCUCUCUAUUAAGGACAACCGUUCAAUUAAGGACACUAGGUUUGGUCCCAAAUUGGUUGUUUCCAAUCCAUUUGACCUCUCUAAUCAGGACACCUCUCUAUUAAGGACAGCACUUGUCAGUCCCGAGGGUGUCCUUAAUAGAGAGGUUCUACUGUACUUCAAUAUUAAUGAUUCUCAAUUGAAAGAUGAGAUUGUAGUUUUAUAGGCCCAGACGAGGUCACACUUUGCAAUUGGGACAUGUAUAAUUUUGUGUAAUUAAUCAUUGCAUUUUGUUUGUCUCAGGAAAAUAUUUAUGAAAUACCAAAAAAAAUUACAUGUCACAAUUUUAGUUCUUCAAUUAUUGAAACCUUGUCUUUUCUCAAAUAAAUCUGCAAUGUUUUGGCGCAGUUGUCUCAUCAACUUCCGUCUCAUGUUUCUUGUGACACCCAGUAGUAUAAGCCAUGCAUGACUACUGCACAACAUCCAAUGUAUUGUAUAGUUUCUACUUUUCUUUGCAUUAGAAUAUCAGAAUGUGUUUACAGACCAAUAUUUGCUGCUAUGCAAUUGAACAUAAAACUAAUAUUUCAAAUUUUAAUAAUAAAAUUCAUGAUGACUAGUCAUA